AUGCACAUCCUUCUCACAAAUGAUGACGGUCCUCCAGACGCCAGGGCAUCCCCAUAUCUGCGUCACUUCAUUCAACAUAUACUGAAGACUCGUCCUGACUGGCAUCUCACGAUUUGCGUGCCAGACCAACAGCGAUCAUGGAUUGGCAAGGCAAUUUUCGUGGAACGUGAUGUCCAUGCGCGUUUUGCCUAUAUGAGCCGUAACGCUACUGAUGACGUAAUGACCGGUCCGUAUCUGCAGCCCCAACGUUCUGUGCAGGGUUCUCGGCUUCCAUGCGUCACGAACGAAGGCAUCGCACCGGAUGCUAUUGAGUUUUGUCUAGUUGACGGAACGCCCGCAACGGCCACCGACGUUGGACUACACCAUCUGACCACUAACAAAUUCGACUUGGUUGUGUCAGGGCCUAACGUGGGACGCAACUCUUCCUCGGCCUACGUGACCUCAAGUGGAACUAUUGGAGCUGCAAUGGAAGCUGUCAUUUCAGGCGGCGUUCGCUCGGUAGCUUUGUCGUGGGCGUACUUUGAUGGUGUCAAGUAUGUGGAAGAUCACAUUUUACAAAACGCUUCUGAGCAAAGCUGUAGAGUUAUUGAGCAUCUGCUUGGUAAUUGGAAUUCCGACACUCAGCUCUAUAACGUCAACGUUCCAUUAUUGGAAUCUCUGUCCACUAAAACGAAAGCUAUUUACACGCAUAUUUUGGAAAACCAAUGGUGCUCUGUAUACAGCGAAGGUUUCGAUGCAGACACUGGCCAAGUCGAAGAACAGGCUCCAGACAUACAGUCUGGGAAUAAGGGAAUCACUUUUAUUUGGCAACCAAAUUUCCAAAAGCAACGCGAGGCCAUAUUCAAGAGUCCACCAGACAGUAAAAAUGACGGCAGAACCAUCGAGGCUGGGCUUAUCAGCGUGACGCCGCUGCGAGCAGUAUUCCAUCAAGUCCAGGGCUUAUUCGGAGAACUUUCUUUAGAAGAGCCAGGCAUUCCCGACGCUCAAGUUAAAGACGAAAAAACUGUCAGCAGCAAAGAGGGCUUCUUGCUCCUUACACUACCUCCAAAUGAGUACAUAUACGGUCCUCUCACUUCCUCGAUUAAAAAUCGGUUGCCCAAUGUGCAGAUAGUGGAUUCGCAUCCAAAAAGCGCUAAGGGCCUUAAAACCCUUCAUUAUGGUGAUUACGAACACAUCGACAUGGACAAACUGGUUUCCGACGGCACCUAUUUUGCUAAUACUUACGUCUAUCGCAAAGCCCUCAUCCGCAAGCAUUUCCUUGCCCACACAAUACAUUCUUACGUGGUGAAAAACCCGGAAUCAGCGCUUUCUAAAGCAUAUCUCGAAUCUUUCACCAUAGACGUCGAUUACGCUGAGUUCCUAGACGACGCAUUAGAUGAAAAUUGGGAGCUGAGGCAAGAACUUGAGUCUGGAGAAAAAUGGUGGAUAUUGAAACCCAGCAUGAGUGACAAAGCACAAGGAAUUAGAGUUUUCAAAACUAUUGAAGAUCUCCAGUCUGUUUUCGAUUCUUUCGACGAGGAGCCCACUGAUGACGAAGGUGAGGCAAAUCCCAAUAGCAUCGUAACUUCUCAGUUACGUCACUUCAUUGUACAGGAAUACAUGACAAAUCCAUUGUUGAUGCCUUCCAUGCAGAACAGAAAGUUUCACAUACGAUGCUACGUGACUUGUGUUGGGGAUUUGGAAGUUUACGUGUACGAUCGAAUGCUAGCUUUAUUUGCUGCUGAAACUUUCGAAGAACUCACCGAUAAUUAUAACGCUACUGACUCGCAACAAUUGGCCUGCCAUUUAACAAACACAUGCCUUCAGGAUAGUGCACAAGUCAAAGAGACGACUGUGAAAGAACUGGACAUGUUAAAAGAACUUUCUCCAAGCGACCGGCUCAAAAUAAAGUCUCAGAUACACGAGAUCACUCGAGAGCUCUUCUUGGCUGCGGUGACGACAAACAGAAUCAACUUUCAGCCUAUUCCAAAUGCCUUUGAAACUUAUGGGUUAGACUUCUUGGUGGACUCUUUCCUAAAUGUCAAAAUUCUGGAAGUUAACGCUUAUCCCGAUUUCAAGCAGACAGGGACAGAAUUGAAAGGCGUGAUUGAUGAGCUUUUUGAUGAAAUCACCAAAAACUGUAUAGUGCCACUCUACGAAGGCACGAAAGCCGCUUACGAGACCUCCAACUUUGUCAGAGUCCUUGAUCACCAAUCGCAUAGCUGGUGA